AAUGUGGAAAAGACUGUGUGCUCUGAGGCCGGGUGGUGGGCAGUCAGAAGAGGCAGAAGUGGAUGUGAGAGAAAGAGACAUACAGAGAGACAGAGAGCGAAAGAGGGCAAGAGACUUGACUUUAAGAGACUCCUGCAGUGACAACUCCAUGCAGUUCGGAACAAGAACAGCAACGACUGAACCUGGGUUCAUGGGGACAUGGCAAAAUACUGACACUAACCUCCUAUUCAGAAUGUCCCAACAGGCAAUCCGCUGUACACUGGUAAAUUGCACGUGCGAAUGUUUCCAGCCCGGGAAGAUCAACCUGAGGACCUGUGACCAGUGUAAACAUGGCUGGGUGGCACAUGCUUUGGAUAAGCUCAGCACCCAACAUCUGUACCACCCUACUCAAGUGGAGAUCGUGCAGUCCAACGUAGUGUUUGACAUCAGCAGCCUGAUGCUCUAUGGUACUCAAGCUGUGCCCGUCAGACUGAAAAUAUUGCUCGACCGACUUUUCAGUGUACUGAAGCAGGAAGAGGUACUGCAUAUUCUUCAUGGCCUGGGCUGGACACUCCGAGACUACGUUCGUGGCUACAUCCUUCAGGAUGCUGCAGGCAAGGUGCUGGACCGCUGGGCCAUCAUGUCCCGAGAAGAAGAGAUCAUUACCCUUCAGCAGUUCUUGCGGUUUGGAGAAACCAAAUCUAUUGUAGAGCUGAUGGCGAUUCAGGAGAAAGAAGGGCAAGCUGUCGCAGUGCCGUCUUCAAAGACAGACUCAGAUAUAAGGACUUUUAUCGAAAGCAAUAAUCGCACCAGGAGUCCAAGUCUCCUUGCUCACCUGGAGAAUAGCAAUCCUUCCAGCAUCCAUCAUUUCGAAAACAUCCCUAACAGCCUCGCAUUUCUGCUCCCAUUCCAGUACAUAAAUCCAGUCUCUGCCCCACUGCUCGGGUUGCCUCCAAAUGGCCUCCUGCUGGAGCAGCCAGGGCUGAGGCUGAGGGAACCGAGCCUUUCGACCCAAAAUGAAUAUAACGAGAGCAGUGAAUCAGAAGUGUCUCCCACACCUUACAAGAACGAGCAAACGCCCAACAGGAAUGCCCUAACCAGCAUUACCAAUGUGGAGCCCAAAACGGAGCCAGCUUGUGUAUCCCCCAUUCAGCCAUCAGCGCCAAUUAAUGAGUUAGCCAAAACCGAGCACACGAAGAGCUCAUUUCGUAUCCACCGAAUGAGAAGGAUGGGUUCAGCCUCCAGGAAGGGAAGAGUGUUUUGCAAUGCAUGUGGUAAAACUUUCUAUGACAAAGGUACGCUCAAGAUUCAUUACAAUGCUGUCCAUCUGAAAAUCAAACACCGCUGUACGAUCGAAGGCUGCAAUAUGGUCUUCAGCUCACUCCGAAGUCGCAAUCGCCACAGCGCUAACCCCAAUCCCCGCCUUCACAUGCCCAUGCUGAGGAAUAACCGUGACAAAGAUUUAAUUCGAGCCACAUCCGGUGCUGCCACGCCCGUCAUAGCCAGUACGAAAUCGAAUCUCACGCUGACGAGUCCGGGCCGGCCUCCAAUGGGUUUUACCACUCCUCCGCUGGACCCCGUUUUGCAGAAUCCGCUUUCGAGCCAGCUGGUGUUUUCUGGAUUGAAGACCGUCCAACCUGUUCCCCCAUUUUACCGAAGUUUGCUUACUCCAGGGGAAAUGGUUAGUCCUCCGACCUCUCUUCCCACCAGCCCUAUCAUACCGACCAGUGGCGGAGCAGAGCCGCAUCCCCCACCUCCCUCUGAGCCAGUGGUUCCGGUUAUGAUGAUGGCAGCGCAUGAACCAAGUCCAGACCUGGCUCCCAAGAAGAAACCAAGGAAAUCGAGCAUGCCUGUCAAGAUAGAGAAGGAGGUCAUCGACACUGCUGAUGAGUUUGAUGAUGAGGAUGAUGAGCCCAAUGAGAGCGGAGCCAUGGUCAGUGAAAUCGGACAUGACAACCACUGCCAUUCCCAUGAAGAAAUGAGCCCAGGUUUGUCCGUGAAAGAUUUCUCCAAACAUGCUAGGAGCAGGUGCAUUUCCAGGGCGGAAAUAAGAAGGGAAGACAGUAUGACGUCAGAGGACCAAGAGCAUGAGCGAGACUAUGAAAAUGAGUCGGAAUCUUCAGAGCCGAAGCUGUGUGAGGAAUCGAUGGAAGGGGAUGAUCGAAUUGAAACUGAAGUGAAUGACAAGCCCAUGAUGAAUAACGAGAGACCCGAUGAAAACCACAAUGAGCCUUCUCACCAGGAUGUCAUCAAGGUGAAGGAAGAGUUUACAGACCCCACAUACGACAUGUUUUACAUGAGUCAAUAUGGACUGUACAAUGGGGGUGGCGCCAGUAUGGCUGCACUGCACGAAAGUUUUACAUCGUCUUUGAACUACGGCAGUCCUCAAAAGUUCUCUCCAGAAGGCGACCUGUGCUCUAGCCCAGACCCCAAGAUCUGUUAUGUGUGCAAGAAGAGUUUCAAAAGCUCCUACAGUGUGAAGCUUCACUACAGGAACGUUCACUUGAAAGAGAUGCACGUCUGCACAGUGGCCGGUUGUAACGCUGCAUUCCCAUCACGGCGAAGCAGAGACAGAAACAGAAAUUUACGGAUGGAAAGAACCAUAGGUCCAGGACAUCGGGACACUCUGCAUUUCCGUAGACACAGUGCCAACAUAAAUCUGCACCGUAAACUGUUGACCAAAGAACUGGAUGAUAUGGGACUGGAUUCCACUCAGCCCUCCCUUAGCAAGGACCUCCGAGAUGAGUUUUUAAUGAAGAUCUACGGUGCUCAGCACCACAUGGGACUCGACCUAAGAGAUGACACCUCCUCUCCGGCCGGCACCGAAGAUUCCCACAUGAAUGGAUACGGGAGGGGGAUGGCUGAAGACUAUAUGGUCCUAGACCUGAGCACCACCUCCAGCAUUCAGUCCAGCAGCAGUAUCCAUUCCUCCAGAGAAUCUGAUGCAGGGAGUGAUGAGGGGAUUCUCUUAGAUGAUAUUGAUGGGGCAAGUGACAGUGGGGAGUCUGUGCACAAGGCGGAGGCCCCUACUCUCCCCGUAGGCCUAGGGGCCGACGUUCCAGGAUCACUCAUGUUUAAUAGUGUAUCAAUGAGCAAUGGGGGGAUAAUGUGCAACAUUUGCCACAAAAUGUACAGCAACAAGGGGACUCUGAGAGUUCACUACAAAACAGUGCACUUGCGAGAAAUGCACAAAUGCAAAGUCCCAGGUUGCAAUAUGAUGUUUUCCUCUGUGCGCAGCCGAAAUCGGCACAGUCAGAAUCCUAACCUUCAUAAAAACAUUCCCUUCACUUCAGUAGAUUAGUUUAAGGAUGGACAUUGCAAAUGCCAGCUCUCACGGAUGGCCUACAUAUUUG